AUGGCCCAAAAAGAUGAAAAUGUGAGGCAAGUUACCAAAAGAGGAGGUGGACAAGGAAGCAGAGGAGACCAAGACCAACCUGCAGAAAUUGAGGUGAGUAUUACAAUCCAUGAGGAGGCAAGUACCAGGGAGGAGAGACUCAAAAAAUUAAGGGAAGAAGCACCUGUUCAGGCUCAAAAGGUGAAACCAAAGAUCCAAAAGGUUCCCUUCAUGCUCCGAGUCCGAGAAGACACAAAAUUCGACAAGUACUACGAGCCAAUUGUUGCACCACUUGGUCCUUUCCACCAUGCUCGUAAGCUACAGUACGAGUAUGCAGAGAAAAUCAAGCUUAAAUUAGCUGCAAACUUUGUCAAAGACAGUAAGCAGAAUGAUGCAGAUCUGCUCAAGAAGGUUGAGGACAAUAUCAAUGCACUAAGGAACUGCUAUGAUGAGGAAGCAACAAAGGACUAUGGCGACGAAUUCCUCGCGUGGAUGUUGUUCGUUGAUGGGUGCUCCACACUGGAAUUCAUAUACAAAUAUGAUGAAUUAGAAAAUUUUCAGAUCAAGAGAGACCAGGUGGCCUUUGUAGAACAUGACGUGUUCUUGCUGGAGAACCAACUUCCUUAUCAACUCCUCCAGCUGUUGAUGAGCUCGAGCCAAAUACACAAGGAAUUGAAGAAAUCAAUCGAUGACUUUGUUUGGAGAAACAGCCUUGCUCAGAAUCAGAACCAACAAAAUCCAGAAGCAGAGCCAACUCAUCUGCUUGAGCUUCUUCGGACAACAAUGCUAGGAACUUCACCUAGUGAGAAAACAAAAGGUACUAAACUUCCCCACUCUUUUCGCAACGUGCAAGAGCUUCAGGCAGCCGGGAUCCACUUUAGGCCUAGUAAUAGCAACUCAUUGAGGAGCAUAUCUUUUAAUUCUUCUCUAUGCCAUGGAAUCGUUCAUCUUCCUCAAAUAAAAGUCGACGACUCGACCAGACCCAAGUUCAUGAACUUGAUAGCCUACGAAAUGUGUCCCGAUUUCCACAAUGAUUUCGGGGUCACCUCUUACAUAUGCUUCCUCGAUUCGCUCAUCGAUCAUCCUGAUGAUGUAAAGCAUCUGAGGAAAAAGCUGAUACUUCGAAACCUCCUUGGGAAUGACGAGGAGGUGGCUCAGCUCUUCAAUGAGAUAGGCACUGACUUGGUGCCUAACAAUGACAUUUACUGCUCUGUUCAAGGCAAAAUAGAAAAGCACUACAGUAACUGGGGUAACAGAGUGAUGGCUCAAUUCUUUCAUGAGCAUUUCAGCAGCCCAUGGACUGUUGUUGCUUUCCUUGGUGCUCUCCUAGCUCUUGGGUCGAGCAUCGUUCAGACUGUUUACUCAGUCCUCGGUUAUCAUAAUAAUAAAUAG